AGGGGGGCGCGCGCCCGGCCACAGAGUGAGCGCGCAGCAGCGGCAACAGCGGCGACCCCACCGCGCAUCCGGCCAGGCCUCCGGCGCCCGGCGCCCCCCGCGGCCCUGCGUCCCCGCGCCCCGUUCUUCGCACCGAGACCCCUCGGCCCGCCAGGCCCCCUUGCCGGCUGCCCGCCAGGCCCCGCGCCGGCCCGCCCGCCUCCCAGGACCGGCCCGCGCCCCGCAGGCCGCCCGCUGCCCGCGCCGCCAUGGGAGUGGAAGGGUGCACCAAGUGCAUCAAGUACCUGCUCUUCGUCUUCAAUUUCGUCUUCUGGCUGGCUGGAGGCGUGAUCCUGGGUGUAGCCUUGUGGCUCCGCCAUGACCCGCAGACCACCAACCUCCUGUAUCUGGAGCUGGGAGAUAAGCCUGCGCCCAACACCUUCUACGUAGGCAUCUACAUCCUCAUCGCUGUGGGCGCUGUGAUGAUGUUCGUUGGCUUUUUGGGCUGCUACGGGGCCAUCCAGGAAUCCCAGUGCCUGCUGGGGACGUUCUUCACCUGCCUGGUCAUCCUGUUUGCCUGUGAGGUGGCGGCCGGCAUCUGGGGCUUUGUCAACAAAGACCAGAUCGCCAAGGACGUGAAGCAGUUCUACGACCAGGCCCUACAGCAGGCCGUGGUGGAUGACGACGCCAACAACGCCAAGGCCGUGGUGAAGACCUUCCACGAGACGCUCGACUGCUGUGGCUCCAGCACGCUGACCGGUCUGACCACCUCAGUGCUCAAGAACAAUCUGUGUCCCUCGGGCAGCAACAUCAUCAGCAACCUCCUCAAGAAGGACUGCCACCAGAAGAUCGAUGACCUCUUCUCCGGGAAGCUGUACCUCAUCGGCAUUGCUGCCAUCGUGGUCGCCGUGAUCAUGAUCUUCGAGAUGAUCCUGAGCAUGGUGCUGUGCUGUGGCAUCCGGAACAGCUCCGUGUACUGAGGCCCCGCAGCUCUGGCCGCAGGGACCUGUGCAGUGCCCCCCGAGUGACCCGGACACUUCUGAGGGGGCCAUCACCGCCUGUGUAUAUAACGUUUCCGGUAUUACUCUGCUACACGUAGCCUUUUUACUUUUGAGGUUUUUUGUUCUGAACUUUCCUGUUACCUUUUCAGGGCUGACGUCACAUGUAGGUGGCGUGUGUGAGUGGAGACGGGCCUGGGCCUUGGGAACUGGAGGGCAGGGGUCCUUCUGCCCCUGGGGUCCCAGGGAGUUCUGCCUGCUCAGCCAGGCCCCUCCUGGGAGCCACUCGCCCAGAGACUCAGCUUGGCCGACCUGGGGGGCUGUGUCCACCCAGCCCGCCCGUCCUGUGGGCUGCACAGCUCACCUUGUUCCCUCCUGCCCCGGUUCGAGAGCCGAGUCUAUGGGCACUCUCUGCCUUCAUGCACCUGUCCUUUCUAACAGUCACCUCCAACUGUAAUCACAACGUCCUGAAUCCGUCAUUUAAUAAAGAAGGAACAUCAGGCAUGCUA